AUGGGGAUCGGAGGACGAGUGAAAGCAGAGCGUGAGCGAGUGGUGAAUUUCUUUCCUAAAAGGAAGGACUUGAAAACUGCAUUCAAAUUCGUCCGCCUGCUUUUCUCGCUGAAUUACACCCGCAUCGACGUCCUUCUCACCACAGUCGGAACCUUCUUCGCCAUCGCUGCAGGUGUCCCGGAACCACUCCUCGGCGUGGUUUUAGGCCAACUUAUCAACGAGCUCAACGAGGUCGCAUGCUCGACAACGGUCUACGAUCCAUCCUCUGUUCGAAAAAAGGUCCUCUACCUGAUCUACAUCACCAUUUUCAAUUUCGCCGCCAUCUACAUUUACACAUCAUCCCGUCGUUACCGCAAGUCAUACUUCCGCAGUUUGAUUCGCCAGGAAGCAGCCUUUCACGACAAUCUACCCUCCGGCCAAGUCAUCUCGCGACUUGUCAGUGACAUCGAGACAUUGCAAUCCGGUACCUCUGAAAAAGUUGGCAUUUACAUUGCUACGAUCUCAUACUUUGUCACCGCGUACGUUGUGGCUUUUAUCAAGGUGCCCGUCAUUGCGGGUAUUUUGAUCGCGGCGAUUCCGUGCUUUUUCGCAAUGGCGAUGAUCGGAGGGAGUCUUGCCUCACAGUAUGGGACGCGCGUGGGUAAGAAUGUUGAUAUGGCAACUUCGAUCGCGUCGUCUAGUUUGUCACAUAUGAAGAUCGUGCAUGCGUUUAACGCUCAGAGACGAUUGGAAGACCUCUUUUCUUCGCAUCUGUCGAAGUCAAGGAAGGAUGCCUUGAAGAAAGCGGCUGUGCAUGCGGCGCAGAUGGGUACGCUGUUCUUUAUAGUCUACUCGUCGAAUGCAUUGGCAUAUUGGAAGGGUGCGCAUUUGAUUGCGGACUCGAUUGAUGGUCUGAAUGAUGGUGUCUCGGUCGGUGCUGUGUAUACUGUCAUAUUCAUCUUGAUCGAUGCAACCUUUAUCUUCAGCCAGGUAUCUCCUUAUAUGCAUGUCUUCAGUGCGGCCACGGCUGCAUCCGGUCGUCUGUUAGAUGUGAUCAACCGGGAUUCGAAUAUCGACGGGACAUCAACUGCCGGCGAGCGCAGUGCAAAACUAGAAGACCACGAUAUCAUUUUCAAAGAUGUUCAUUUUACCUACCCUGCCCGACCGGAAAUACCAAUCUUACAAGGGUUGAGCCUCUCAAUUCCUGCAAAACAGCACACGGCUAUCGUCGGGCCCUCCGGUGGUGGAAAGUCUACAAUUGUCGCUCUUCUAGAACGGUUCUACGACCCACUCGAAGGCAGUGUGUGUAUCGGCGAGCAAAACAUUCGACAAGUCAACGUGGCGAAUCUGAGAGGCCAGAUGGGAUUCGUGCAACAGGAGUCACAACUUUUGGAUCGCUCGAUUUUGGAGAAUAUUGCAUAUGGUCUAGUUGGAUCUGUUGGACAUGAACACCUCGCUGAAGUCAUUUUAGACAUGAGCCUGACUGAUUUCGUCGGCAAAGUUCAAUCCGGAUGUUCUGAAGAGCAGGCCCUUAUUGAAUGUGAGCCUAGAGUUACCGAAGUCGUUCGUUUGGCGAAAGGUGCAGCGGAAAGAGCCAAUGCACUCGAUUUCAUCCAGGCCUUGGAAUUUGGAAUCUCGAGUCAGGUUGGUACAUCGGGUGAUAAACUCAGCGGUGGCCAGAGACAGCGUGUUGCUCUGGCAGGUGCUCUUGUUCGCGAGCCUAAAGUGUUGAUUUUGGACGAGGCAACUGCUGCAUUGGAUUCAAUGAGUGAGAAGUUAAUCCAAGCUGCCUUGGCAAAACUAUCUGGAGCUGUUACAAUCGUGUCUAUUGCGCACCGCCUCGCUACUGUCAAGGAUGCAGAUCAAAUUGUUGUUAUACAGCAAGGCCGCUUGGUGGAAAUUGGUCCUCCUCGGGUGCUGUUGGAGAGUGAUAGCGCUUACGCAGCCAUGGUCAGUCAGCAAAGGGUGGAUAAUGAGGAUAUCGGUGUUUCAAGGUCUACCUCUGUUAGCAGGGAUUAUGAUCCAACUUCCGAAGACCCAAUACGGAUGUUAUCGAAAGAGACGACACUGGAAAAGAAUCAGCCAGCUUUCCUGGAAGACGAGAAGGAACCAGCCGCGGUUGAAUCGGAGAAAAACAUCACCGGCUCAAAGAUAGCAAAAUUCCCUCGCAUUUCAAAACGUUUGUCUGCAAAGACCUGCUUCGCAUUCGUUCGACCCAACCUGCUUUUGAUCGUGCUUGGCCUAUUCAUGUCGGUGAUAAUCGGGGCUAGUUAUAGCUCAAACGCGAUUUUGUUCGGAAAUACCGUUGGAGGACUUAGUCCAUGCAAGGGUACAGCAAACAUUCGACACAGUGGAAAUCUUUUCGGCCUUAUGUUCUUUAUUGUCGGAAUCGUUGAACUCUUUGCAAAUGUCAUCGGCGGUUGUGCAUACGGCUGGGCUGCAGACCAAAUACUAUAUCGAACUCGAGUAGCUUCACUCCGAUCACUCCUCAGUCAAACGAUAACAUGGCAUACUUCAGAGGGAAGAAGCCCUGGAGCUUUGGUUGCGUUUAUUACUGGCGAUGCAUCGGCAUUGAGUGGAAUCACCGGGACCACAAUCGGCCUUCUCCUUGCAACUGCCGUUAAUCUUUUUGCCGGCAUCAUCAUCUCGUUCGUGGUCGCAUGGAAAAUAUCAAUUGUCCUUGUACCGACUAUACCUAUUCUCCUCGUGGCGGGAGUGAUGAAACUGCGAACACAAAGUCAAUUUGCGGAACGACACAAGAAAGCCUUCUCCAAGGCCACUGAGAUCACCGUGGAAGCACUGGGGAAUUUACGCUUCGUUGCAGGAUUUUCGCUAGAACAACAACUUUACAAAGAAUUCCUCUUAUCAAUGCAGAAGCCACACCAGGACACAAACAAAGCAAUUGUUUGGGGUAAUUUCUGGCUCGCGUCCGCUUUCAGUGUGAGCAACCUCAUCAGUGCGCUUGCAUACUGGUGGGGCUCCAAGCAAAUUGCCUCGGGAUUAUACUCUCAAACUCAAUUCUUUAUCGUUUUGCCAGCUCUGUUGUUCAGCACGCAGUCUUGCGGGCAGAUGCUUGCUCUUGCGCCAGACCUUUCAAAGGCUGGCAAGGCUACAUCCCGGAUCGUUGAACUUGUCAAUACAAAUUCUGCUGAAGAAAGCCUUGGUGACAGCCAUGCUCUCACAUCAUCAAAGACAGGGAUGGCAUUGAUUUCAGACAUCGAAGCAAACAAAUUUCCCGAAACAUCAUCAACUGGGAUCAAGAAUGAUUAUACAGCAGUUAGCGCCGCGCUGUUACAGGUAGACUUUUCCUACCCCAGCUCACCAAAUAUCCCAGCCCUCAAGAAGAUGAGCAUCACCUUCAAACCAGGUGGAUUUUAUGCCCUAGUAGGCCCAAGUGGAUCUGGAAAGUCAACCAUCUUCAGCAUGAUCGAAAGAUUCUAUUACCCCUCUUCUGGAUCUAUCUUCAUCAACGACCAAGAUAUAACACAAAUCGCAUCGUCCGAUUUCAGAGACGACAUUGCCAUAGUUCCACAGGAGAACGUUCUGUUCGAAGGAACUGUAGCUUUCAACAUCGGUCUAGGUGCAAGACCAGGCUACACACUGACGCAAACCGAGAUUGAAGACGCCUGCAAACUCGCCCAGAUCCACGAUGUGAUAACAGCAUUACCUGAACAAUACCAAACCCUUUGCACACACGACGGGAAGCAAUUUUCCGGAGGCCAACGUCAGCGUCUAUCAAUUGCCAGGGCGCUUGUCCGACGACCGGGACUUUUGCUACUUGAUGAGUCGACGAGUGCUCUUGAUGGCGAAUCCGAGCAGAAAAUUCAAGACGCGUUGGCUGGGCUUGCUGGGAAAACUACCGUUAUUGCUAUUGCGCAUCGGCUGAGGACUAUUUAUCGGGCGAAUCAGAUUUUUCUCAUUCAGGAUGGUUCCUGCGUUGAUAAGGGGAGUCAUGCCCAGCUUGUUGAGCGGAGCGAGAUGUAUCGCGAGGCUGUGGUUCAUCAGUCGCUUGACAGCUAG